GCGCUAAAGUGUGGUUUUAUCUGUGAGAUUCUAGUAAUUUUUUGACACAAAAUCAACUUUCUUUCCAUACUUCUACUUGCAGUCUUUUGAACCCGCUGUUUAAACAACUAAAAUUUCAUCUAUGCAUCAAAUAUUUUCCGAAAGAUAGUAAAAUUCCGAAGUUUUUUUGGGGGAAUUUUGCUGUGCUACAGGCCUAGGGUAUUUCCCCAAGGGACAUUUGUUCAUUUUGGAGAAGAACCUAAAGAUGUCAGGCGGUAGACGAGACGGCAAAAAGAAUAAAAACCGUCCAUCGAAGUUUGUCUUUAAAAAUGAUGCUCCAACCAAUCCAAUUUCACCAAUAACACCUAGAAAUUUAACGGACAAAACUACAUUGACCAUUAAUGGAAAGGAAUAUGAUUGCAAGGCAGAAGACUUGGAGGAUCUUGGUGAACUAGGUCGAGGUGGUUAUGGCGUGGUUCAAAAGAUGAAACUAGAAUCAACGGACACUUUGAUGGCAGUGAAGCGCAUACCUUAUUCUUGCAAUGACAAGGAUCAGAAGAGGACUUUGAUGGAUCUUGAUGUAUCAAUGCGUGUCAGCGAAUGUCCGUAUACGGUUCAAUUUUAUGGUGCUUUGUUCAGAGAGGGUGAUGUGUGGAUAUGUAUGGAACUGAUGAGAGCAUCAUUGGAUAAAGUGUACAAACAUGUAUACAGUAUUAGUGGUCGACGAAUACCCGAGACUGUUUUGGGGAAACUAUCAUGUGCAGUUGUCAAAGCUUUGGAUCAUUUGCAUAGUUUACAGUUUAUUCAUCGAGAUGUAAAGCCUUCAAACAUUCUCAUUAAUGACAAAGGCGAAUUCAAGCUUUGCGACUUUGGUAUAAGUGGUCACCUCAUUAAUUCCUUGGCAAAGACCAAAGAUGUAGGCUGCAAGCCAUAUAUGGCUCCUGAAAGAAUUGACCCAGAUGCAGCACACACUGGGUAUAAUGUUAAGUCAGACAUAUGGAGUCUUGGUAUUACAAUUAUUGAGUUGGCUACAGGCAAGUUUCCCUACGCAGAAUGGCCAACACCAUUUGAACAGUUAAAACAAGUGGUAUAUGAACCCCCGCCGAGACUGGAAGUCAACGAAUUCCUUUCUGAAGAUUUUUGCAAUUUUGUCAAUAGUUGCUUGCAAAAAACACCGGGAGAUCGACCAGACUACCUACAACUUAAGGCACAUGCUUUUAUCAAGUAUUAUGAAGAAGCUGAUGUGAAUGUGGCAGAAUGGGCUAAACCAAUUCUCCAAGAAUUACUAAAUCAAAAUAAUAACUAGUGGCUGGCCAUAAUUGAAAGGCAACCUUUUGAAAGUGCCAUCAUGGCAACAUUGUUUUUGUAACUAUCUUAUUUGGUGAUGGUUGUAUUUUGCUUGAACGUCGACAGUGGUUUAAAACCUUAAACACCCAUAAUGUUUAACUUGAAUAGUCAGCCACUUAGCUUUGGUUGAUAGAAGAAUAUAGAUGGUUGAUGAAUGUGAAUGGUAAAUUUGAUAACUUUGAAUUGGAUUGUAUUAAGAAAAUACUGUCGUAAA